CCCAGCAUGCACUUCUUCGUGGUAGGAACUUCCGCUUACCCGUCAUGCCGUGUGAGCAACAUGGUAGCUAACAGCUUUCAUAACAUUGAUCAGUUAGUCGUCGCUCCAUAGAGCUCGUAAAUAAGACUACGGUGUCAAACUGGGCCGUUCACGAUGCCGAAAUAUUUCGAAGAGAAGGAGGAGGACAACCGAGCAUGCGCAGGAAUCAGAGAAGACUUAAAGGCAUGUAUCCUCCAGCACGACUGCGUUGUAAAGGAGGGGAAGAUGCCCAGUGAGUGUUUGAAGGAAGGCCAUUGUAAAGCUCUGAAGAUCUCGUUUUUUGAGUGCAAGAGGUCAAUGAUGGACACAAGGUCAAGAUUCAGAGGAAGGAAAGGAGAUUAGUAAACUAACUGAUGACCUCAAUACAUUCUUCAUUGUAUUACAUUUAAUAAUGCUGCAAGCUGCUCCAUCUGAAGAACAGACAACCAAGCAU